GCAACGAGCGGAGAGGCUGGGACCUGCCAUCGUUUGCUCUUUUUCGGAUCUUGUUUUUGCUUUAGAAUCCUCGACAGUAACCAUGAAGGAAAGAAGGAACACGCAGCCUUUGGUGGUCAGAUGUAAACUGGUUCUGGUGGGGGAUGUACAGUGUGGGAAGACGGCCAUGCUGCAGGUUUUGGCGAAGGACUGCUAUCCAGAGACGUAUGUACCCACCGUGUUUGAGAAUUACACAGCAUGUCUGGAGCUGGAUGACCAGCGUGUGGAACUGAGUUUGUGGGACACAUCAGGGUCUCCCUACUAUGACAAUGUACGGCCACUUUGCUACAGCGACUCUGACGCAGUGCUGCUGUGCUUCGAUAUCAGCCGUCCAGACACUGUGGAGAGUGGACUAAAGAAGUGGAGGACUGAGAUCAUGGACUUCUGCCCUAACACCCGCAUUCUCCUCAUCGGCUGCAAAACAGACCUGCGCACAGAUGUCUGUACGCUGAUGGAACUAUCCAAUCAGAAACAAACACCGAUUACCCACGAGCAGGGAUUGGCCAUGGCCAAGCAGCUGGGGGCCGAAACCUACCUGGAAUGCUCGGCUUUCACCUCGGAGAAGAGCAUCCACAGCGUGUUCCGCACGGCCGCGAUGGCCUGCAUCAACAAGCUCCAGCCGCUUGCCAAGCCCAGCCCCAGUCGUCGCCUCUCCAAGCGCCUGCUGCACCUGCCCAGCCGGUCCGAGCUGCUCUCCUCCACCUUCAAGAAGGAGAAGGCCAAGAGCUGCUCCAUCAUGUGAGCGGAGAGGAGGGGCUUCAACUCCCCACCAAAAAAAAAGCUUCUCCUUCCCCUGCGCUUUGGUCUGGGGAAGGGGGGUGGGUUCUGAUGUCCUCAUCAAUGAAGGCUUCACUGUGGAAUCCUUCCUCACCCCCCAAAAGAAAUAUGUUUCAGAACAAGUGGACACCUCGCUGUCCAGCUUGUCCUGAUUUCUACAGCAGUGCAUAUCCGUCUUACCCAGUACCGUAUCUUGCUUUUCUCAAACCAAGAUUUGAUCAUUCAGCCGUUCAUUGCAUCAUUCAUCACCGUAUCAAGAGAAUUAUUCUUUUGCUUCAAUGUUAUUGUGACGUUUAAGGUUCACAAUGAGUCAGCUUAGUAGAUAAGGAACAAGUGUUCAGAAAAUGGCCGUCAGUAACGUGGUAUAACUUCCAUUUGAACCGUUCGGUGUAUUAUUGGCUCUCUAGUGUCGGACAUAUCUGAAAAACUAACUUAAAAUGUAGAAUAUGCACUGAAGAGUAGGUGAGAGGGUGGCUCUUGUAGGCAGAGCAUUGGAAAGCUGUGUAAGGCCCAGGCCAUGUAGAGAUGUUGGAGGAAGGGGGCUUUUAGCAUUGUUAACAGACAUUAAAAUGCUAAAGGAAUUGGCUGCUGUGCAGACUGGAUACUGUAAUGUAAUUUCUAUUGGAACCUGCCUGUUAUAUCAGGCUUAAGAGAGGCGAACAUUGUAAUUAAUAAAAAAAAAAAACAAAAGAGGGAGGGGCAAAACAAACAGACAAGACAUUUUCAGACAGUGAAUUGUAAAACUACCAAAGACGAGUUUCCAAUUUCAUCCGCCCUCUGAUGAUUGAACACCAACGUGACGUACGUGCUUCUAUUUUUAAAGAGGCAAUAACUGUCAGAGGGAGAGAGGAGGGCCGUAAGUGACGGACCACUGGCCUCCUGCUCUUCUGUAGUGUAGAGAACCAUGCAUCUGUGAGCUAAGGCCAGAGACUGUGGGAAUUCUAACGUAAAACUGAAUUGGACUUUUAUGCUCUUGGUCUUCAGAAAGCUGUUGUAGCACCAUGUUGAUGUUUGUCAAAUCAACAAGGAUUCACAAAAACUAAAUGUAUGCAGCAAAGUUAGCCUUUUCAAUCAGCUUUCUUUAAAUCUCAGCUUGUAAUUUGAACCAGACCAUCACCACACAUCACUCCGAACGGUUUUAUAUGCAUUUUCUUCAGAUUCCUGAUGUAGCAUUCCAUCUUCCACCAGUAGAUCUCUCUCUCCUGUGUACAGGUUUUCUCGCCUUCAUGUCCCUGAGCUCCUGCGCAAGUGAUACGACCCUUUUUUGCGACAGACUCCUUUGCAGGCAGUUCAGUGUGUAUCUAAAAGUGGUUCCUUCUGACUAAAUUCUUAAGCUUCUUGGUUUUUUGAGUGCAAAGUGCUGAUAUCAAAACCUGCUUUUGACCACAAAGCAAUAACAAUUGACAUGCUUGUGACGCAAAAUAUAUAGAGUGGCAAUAAAAAAAACUGCUUUGUGAUUAACUUCAUGUGACAGCUUUGUGGACGUGUGUGGCCGUGCCUCCAUUACUGCUGUAAAAAAAAAACAAAACAAAAAAAAACCUGUAAUUCAGUUUAACUGUAAUGCUGUUAAGCCCUCCUUGUAGCCAGGGUCGUUGUGGAGUAAACCGUGACGUCUUUGUGUCACAAAUCUAAUGUGGGACUUUAGGAGUACAAGCGUUUAAGUGCAACACAGUCACCAGACGCAUAGGCAUAUGGGCUCCAUGUCAGCACCAUUGGGAGAUGAAGGCAUUGAGGACUUUAGCAGGGAGAUGAGAAAAGCCAAAGGCAUGCAGGAUCAUUCAUGGGUCUCUGAAUUCAGACAAGGCUGUUGAAACGUAUGGAACAAUCGACUCAUGACAAUGGCUUGGGGGUGCAUCCUGCUGAAAAUGGAAAAGGGGGGGGGUAAAAGGACUUCUGGGAUUAAAAAAAAAAAAACGAACAGGCUGGUCCUGUUUAAAGAAAGCUAUUUUUCCAUUUUUCGGAUUCAACCAUUGUGCUGUUUGUUUUUAUUGUUUUUGUUGUUCUCUUUACUUGUGUUUACCUGAAAUCGAUAUUUAUCUCAUUUGGUUCAGCCACUGUUAUCUACGGCUUCAGGUGGUGAUUUGCAAGCUCCGAUUCUUUGGUCACGCACCGAGUUCUUCAGCAUUGCCUAGCAACAGUUCAAGUAAAGAAAGUGAGGGAAUGAAUGCCUCUUUGGGGCUGGAGACCAUGAAAAAGGAGGGACUUCACACCAAUAGCCAGUCACUGUAGCUGCAGACAUACCAAUAUAAUCUAUUUCCUGCCUGGAGAUUCAAAAGAAUCGAUCGGUAUCUCAUGUUUUAAUGGUCUGUUUGUCGGAGCUUUGGUUACGAUACACACACACCAAGGCUUUUACAUGAGACAGUAUAGUUUCCUGACAUUCCACCAUGACGCUGCCGUUGUGUACUAGUGGGCACAGUUAUACUUCUAAGCAUGUCUUCUGGUAAUGAUCCAAGUUGUACAUAUCUUCUUUUAUAAUCUUUGUAAGACAUCCAAAAGAAUGCCAUAAGGUGACUAUUUGUUCUUGUUGUGGGUUGACCAAGAUGUUGUGAUUGAUGUAUAAUAAUUCAGUCCUAUUUAUUUGACUACAACACUGAAGACUGAUAUUUUUGUUUUGUGUUUUACAUGUACUUAUGUACUUUUUUUCAUAAAGUUAUUUUUGACAUGACUUCCUCUUCCUUUUGUCUUUCCAGUAAUAAAGCUUGCCUUGUGUGGCACUCAUGACACCAGC